AAGUGAGCCGGCAUGUGAAAGUCACCACAUAUUGUGCUCAGCCGAGAGGAAAGGACAGGCUUCGCUUUCUUGUGUUUCAUCCCAAGGAGAUGAUGGCGAGUGGAAUUGAUGAAGUUACAGCAUUUUAUGAUCUGUCAUCAACUGACUUUACUAACGAUGACCUUGACAUGGAAGAUACUGGGCUAUGUGAAAGAGAUUCCGUUCGGAUGUUCAGGGGCUACUAUGAGCCCCCGCUUUACUGGCUGAUUUUUGUCCUGGGAGCCGUUGGGAAUUUGAUGGUGGUGUGGAUCUACGUUCAUGUCCGCAAUCGCCUGAAGACCAUGACAGACGUCUAUCUGCUCAACUUGGCCAUUGCCGAUCUCCUCUUCCUGGGGACGUUGCCAUUCUGGGCUACUGAUGCUAGCACUGGGUGGACCUUUGGCCUGGCUUUAUGCAAGAUCGUGUCAGCCAUCUACAAGAUCAACUUCUUCAGCAGCAUGCUGCUUCUUACCUGUAUCAGCAUUGACCGAUACAUAGCCAUCGUACGAGCAACCAAGGCCCAGAAUUUCAAGAUGAAGAGGCUUUUCUACAGCAAGCUUAUUUGCCUUGGUGUCUGGAUACUAUCUGGCCUUUUAGCUAUCCCUGAAUUCCUUUUCGCCCAAGUUAAAACAGAGAAGGAAAAACCCACCUGCUCCAUGGUGUACUGGGCCAAUGAAAAGAACAUCACCAAGAUCUUAGUUCUGUCCCUGCAGAUCUGCAUGGGUUUCUGCCUGCCCUUCCUGGUCAUGUGCUUUUGCUAUUCGGUGAUCAUCCGCACCCUACUGCAGGCAAAGAACUUUGAGAAGCACAAGGCCCUGCGAGUGAUCUUUGCAGUGGUGGCAGUAUUUGUCCUAUCCCAGUUACCGUACAAUGGCGCAUUGGUGGUUGAGGCCAGCCAGGCGGCCAAUAUGACCAUGACUGACUGCAAGAUGCUCCGUCAAUUUGAUAUUACUAGCCAGGUGCUUAAAAGUCUGGCCUAUACCCAUAGUUGUCUCAACCCCUUCCUCUACGCCUUCAUUGGUGUGCGCUUCCGCAAAGAUCUCCUUGGUCUGAUGCGUACAUGUACCAUUGGCCUUGGCCAGGGCAAGCUGAUCAAAGUGCAGAGUGUGCCAAAACGCCCCUCUGUCAUGUCGGACACUGAGACCACCCCAGCACUCUCCCUGUAAACCUCCCCGUAGUUUCCAUAUCCUGAAAUGCCUGUACCCUGGGACACAAUACCAUGAUUUACUAUGCAGAACCCUGUAAAUGGCUAGUAUUUGGAGGACUUUUUUUCUCCAAGAGGAACAGGCAGAUCAUCUGUCAUUCUGGAUAUAGCAAACAUGGAUUAUUAUAUAGAUUUACAUAGAUCUAUGCAGCAUGAGGGUAAAUAUGAUUCCACAUUCCUGAUGUUAUUAGCAUCCACAAUUCAUGGAUGGGUGACAAUGAAGUGGAACUUUAGUGUGGUGGUAAAUAUAAAGGUUUAUCCUUUCAAGAGAUGAUGUCCUAGCCAGCUCUCUGCCAGUUUAUGUCUGAGAAAGCACAUCCUUCGAGAGUUAUAUUAAAUGGUUGUAAAUACUUUGUUUAUAUGAGUUUCUCAUGGUCUCAUGCUACCAUAUACAUAGAGUUGUGGAGCACUCAUUGUUUUCAAAUUGUUGAAAAAAUAUCUGUACUUGUAAAUAAACCAAUAAAACAAUAAACACGAACUAUUUCCAAAAA